UCUGAUCUCGCGAGAACUCAACUCGACCUCUAUCCGCUGUUACUACAGUGGUUAUUGACAGUGUGCUGCUGCUGCAGUCAUGCUCAAAGCAAUAAACAAGACACAUCUCAGGCAGGUGACUGGUCUGCUUCAGAGGUUUCAGAGUACUCUGGUAGUUGCCGAGCACAAUAAUGAGACGCUGACCCCCAUCACCCUGAACGCCAUCACUGCUGCUACGAAACUCGGCAGCGAUGUGUCCUGUUUGGUUGCUGGAACAAACUGUGCAAAGGUUGCGGAGCAGUUGUCCAAAGUUCAAGGGGUGAAGAAAGUUCUGGUAGCCCAGCAUGAAGCCUACAAAGGUUUAUUGCCAGAGGAGCUGACGCCUCUCAUCUUGGCAACCCAGAAACAGUUCAGCUUCACACACGUCUGUGCGGGAGCGUCUGCUUUCGGAAAGGUAAACCCAAGGCUUGCUGCCAAGUUGGAUGUGGCUCCCAUUUCAGAUAUCAUUGAGAUCAAAUCUCCAGACACCUUUGUGAGGACCAUUUACGCCGGAAAUGCCCUCAGCACAGUCAGGUGCAAUGAAAGCGUCAAGGUGUUCACCGUUAGAGGCACUUCCUUUGAACCUGCGGCCGUGGAUGGAGGCGGCGCAUCUUCAGAGGAAGUCUCUCCGUCUGCCCCUGUUGGAGUCUCUGAGUGGCUGGAACAAACUCUAACCAAGAGUGACCGUCCAGAACUCACCAGUGCUAAAGUCGUGGUGUCUGGAGGGAGGGGCUUGAAGAGCGGGGAGAACUUCAAACUGCUCUACGACCUUGCUGACAAACUGAACGCAGCCGUCGGUGCCUCCAGAGCCGCAGUUGAUGCUGGUUAUGUUCCCAACGACAUGCAGGUUGGACAGACUGGAAAGAUUGUGGCUCCUGAGCUGUACAUUGCGGUUGGCAUCUCUGGAGCGAUCCAACAUCUAGCUGGAAUGAAGGAUAGCAAGACCAUCGUGGCCAUCAACAAGGACCCAGAAGCCCCCAUUUUUCAGGUGGCUGACUAUGGCCUAGUGGCAGAUCUGUUUAAGGUAAGAUUCCUAGUGGUAGCUGUGACCUAGCAAUUAGUGAGUUG